UAUGUGCUGGUCUUGCUUUCCAUUUUUUAAUUCUCUAAGAUUCAAGUCUCUUCCAAGAAAAGAUUCAGAGUUUAGCGAAACUUCUACCGAUAUACUUAGCAUAGAUGAGACAAUUUCCACUCCGUUUAGAAGAUUGCCGACAGAACCCUACACAAGAGUUCAUUUAAGAAAGAAAGAUCAAAGGACAGAAUUAAAUUCUAUAGGAGAAGAGUCAGCUACUAGAGACAAUCGAUCUCAUCCAGUUCUGCUGCUUGGUCGAUCAGUAACAUCAAUUGUAAGAGGAGGGAACGUUCGACAUUUACAAAUUGAUGAAGAGGAUAAAAUAGAUAGAAGCUAUGUGAAGGUUACUUUAAGCAAAGAAAUUGAAUGA